CUGGCGGGGGCUCCGCUCCGCGCCCGGAGCUGGGACGGGGCCGGCACCGGCGGCACAGCAAAGCUCCACGGCUCCGCGACACUGCCCCGCUGCCCCGGCCAUGGGGAAGGGGCUGGAGGGGACAGCGGCCCGCUGCGGGCUGGGACUGGGAUACCUGCUGCAGACGGUGGUGCUCCCCGCCCUGGCCGUCCUGGGGGCCAGCCGCCCCGGCUCCGCGGCGCAAGAUGAUGACUUUUUUCAUGAGCUUCCAGAAACUUUUCCAUCUGAUCCUCCAGAGCCAUUGCCUCACUUCCUCAUUGAACCUGAAGAGGCUUACAUUGUGAAGAACAAGCCUGUGAAUCUGUACUGCAAAGCAAGCCCAGCCACACAAAUUUAUUUUAAGUGCAACAGCGAGUGGGUUCAUCAGAAGGACCAUGUGGUGGACGAGAGAGUAGAUGAAACCUCUGGUCUGAUUGUGCGGGAGGUGAGCAUCGAGAUCUCGCGGCAGCAGGUGGAGGAGCUCUUCGGGCCGGAGGAUUACUGGUGCCAGUGCGUGGCCUGGAGCUCGGCGGGCACCACCAAGAGCCGCAAAGCCUACGUGCGCAUCGCCUAUCUCCGGAAAACUUUUGAGCAGGAGCCCUUAGGGAAAGAAGUGUCCCUGGAGCAAGAGGUCCUGCUCCAGUGCCGUCCCCCUGAAGGGAUCCCAGUGGCUGAGGUGGAGUGGCUGAAGAAUGAAGAGGUGAUUGAUCCUGUGGAAGACCGAAACUUCUACAUUACCAUUGAUCACAACCUGAUCAUCAAGCAAGCCCGGCUUUCUGACACCGCCAACUACACCUGUGUUGCAAAAAAUAUCGUGGCCAAAAGGAAAAGCACCACAGCCACUGUGAUAGUCUAUGUGAAUGGAGGCUGGUCCACCUGGACAGAGUGGUCUGUGUGCAACAGCCGCUGCGGGAGAGGCUUCCAGAAGCGCACGAGGACCUGCACCAACCCUGCCCCGCUCAACGGCGGCGCCUUCUGCGAGGGCCAGAGCGUCCAGAAAAUAGCUUGCACCACUCUGUGUCCAGUGGAUGGCAAGUGGACAUCCUGGAGCAAGUGGUCCACGUGUGGCACGGAGUGCACCCACUGGCGCCGCAGAGAGUGCACGGCCCCAGCUCCCAAGAACGGGGGCAAGGACUGCGAGGGGCUGGUGCUGCAGUCCAAGAACUGCACGGAUGGGCUCUGCAUGCAGGGUUUCAUUUAUCCUAUUUCAACUGAACAGAGAACCCAGAAUGAAUAUGGAUUUUCUUCUGCUCCUGACUCAGAUGACGUUGCUCUCUACGUGGGGAUUGUCAUCGCCGUGAUCGUGUGCCUGGCCAUUUCCGUGGUCGUGGCCCUGUUUGUGUACCGCAAGAACCACCGGGACUUCGAGUCGGAUAUCAUCGACUCCUCGGCACUAAAUGGGGGAUUUCAGCCUGUCAACAUCAAGGCUGCAAGGCAAGACCUCCUGGCAGUGCCACCAGACCUCACUUCUGCUGCAGCCAUGUACAGAGGUCCCGUGUACGCCUUGCAUGAUGUCUCUGAUAAAAUCCCAAUGACCAACUCUCCAAUCCUGGACCCGCUCCCCAACUUGAAGAUCAAGGUCUAUAACACCUCUGGUGCAGUCACUCCCCAGGAUGACCUCUCUGACUUCUCCUCCAAGCUGUCCCCACAGAUCACGCAGUCUCUGCUGGAGAAUGAGACCCUGAACAUGAAGAACCAGAGCCUUGCUCGGCAAACUGACCCGUCAUGCACUGCCUUUGGGACCUUCAACUCCUUAGGAGGCCACCUAGUAAUUCCCAAUUCAGGAGUAAGUUUGCUGAUCCCAGCAGGAGCUGUUCCACAAGGGAGAGUCUAUGAAAUGUAUCUGACAGUUCACAGGAAGGAGAACAUGAGGCCACCAGUAGAAGACAGCCAAACGCUGCUGACACCGGUGGUGAGCUGUGGCCCACCAGGAGCCCUGCUGACCCGGCCUGUCAUUCUAACCAUGCACCACUGUGCAGAGCCAAACACAGAGGACUGGCAGAUCCAGCUGAAGCACCAGGCUGCCCAGGGACCGUGGGAGGAUGUGGUGGUGGUCGGAGAGGAAAACUUCACCACGCCAUGCUAUAUCCAGCUGGACCCAGAGGCCUGCCACAUCCUGACAGAAACCCUCAGCACCUAUGCCUUGGUGGGACAGUCAGUCACCAAGGCAGCAGCCAAACGUCUCAAACUGGCCAUCUUUGGACCGUUGUCCUGCUCUUCCCUGGAGUACAGCAUCCGGGUCUACUGCCUCGAUGACAUGCAGGAUGCUCUUAAGGAAGUCCUCCAGCUUGAGCAGCAGAUGGGUGGGCAGCUUUUGGAAGAGCCUAAAACUUUGCAUUUCAAGGGAAGCACCCACAACCUCCGUCUGUCCAUUCAUGACAUUGCCCAUUCUCUCUGGAAGAGCAAGCUGCUGGCUAAAUACCAGGAAAUUCCCUUUUACCACAUCUGGAGUGGAUGUCAGAGGAACCUGCACUGCACCUUCACACUGGAAAGGUUCAGUCUGAACACCCAGGAGCUGGUGUGCAAACUGUGCGUGCGACAGGUCGAAGGAGAAGGACAGAUCUUCCAGCUUAACUGUUCUGUCUCAGAGGAGCCUACUGGUGUUGAUUACCCUCCCAUGGACUCAGCGGGCACCAUCACCACCAUCGUGGGGCCCAGCGCUUUCAGCAUCCCCCACCCGAUAAGGCAGAAGCUGUGCAGCAGCCUGGACGCUCCCCAGACCAGGGGCCACGACUGGCGCAUGCUGGCCCACAAGCUGAAACUGGACAGGUACUUAAAUUAUUUUGCUACGAAAUCAAGUCCCACUGGGGUGAUCCUGGAUCUCUGGGAAGCCCAGAAUUUCCCUGAUGGCAACCUGAGCAUGCUGGCAGCAGUUCUGGAAGAAAUGGGAAGACACGAAACGGUUGUUUCUUUGGCAGCAGAAGGAAAUUACUGAUGCAGCCUUGGCAUGACCAGGAAGGACAGACGCGGGGAGCGGUAAUGCCCUGUUAUUGCAAAGGAGAAUUGAAAUGAAAACCCAGACCAAUGAGUGAACACAAGAGACAUUUCAGAGAAGAAAGCAAGCAAACAAACAGAAAAAAACCAGCCCUGACCUUCACACGUGCUCUCCUUGUACAUUAUCACAGGAUCAGAAAGAGAUCAUGCAAAGUUGUACCUUGAAAAUAUAAAUCAACCUAAUGUUCCUCUCGGCUUGGCUGUACACUGCUUGGUACAGGUUUUUACAGUUUCCUAGGAAACGCUUUUUAUUGCUAUCCAGAUAUAUGGAUAAACUUUCUUAACAAUCCCAGUUUCUAUGGAUGUUGUUUACAUCAAAUUCUGGACAGGGGUAAGGAAACUGUCCAUGGCUCUUUAUAUUUUUUUGUUUAAAGCCAUUGUAGACAAGACUAUGGACAGUUGGUUGUGGCUAUUUCAGCUUAUUGGUUUCUGGUGAAUUCAGAUUUUGGCUACAAUUCUGCACAUUGGUUGUCUCACAAUGAUCCUCCUGUCAUUGUUCUGUUUCCUAGACCUACUUGUAAAAAAAAAAAAAAACAAA